UCAUCUUCUAAAUGGACUCCAGUGAAUUUUCGGGAUCUAUGGACCCACUGUCCUUGCCUGACAAACCACUUAUUGGCGAUCUCCCUGCUGACAUGGAGUUUGGGGAAGAUCUCCUGGGCUCCCAAACAGCUUCUACCCAAGAAGUUUCCGUUCUUCAGUCUCCUGGCUGGGAUCAACCCAAGCAGAUGACUGCAGAUGGAGACUUGGACCUUCUAGUGAAAGCAGACAGCUUGUCUGAACUAAGCAAGCCAAAUGAUCUUCAACUAGAUAAACCUACUGUCUUGGACAUGCUGGAGAAACCUAGUGUCUUAGAUGAGCUGGAUAAAACUGCUGAUUCGAUGGAGCUAGAUAAAUCGGGGGAUCUGGAUGGGUUGUAUAAGGCACAUUCUUCCCAGGAUGUGGAGGAUGGGCCAGGGGACUCCUCUGCCCUCACUAAGGAAGCCCUUGUUCCCGAAACGUGGAAAGAAGGGGAAGAUGCACCAAAAAGUGAUUCUGGGGACAUAAAGGAUGAUGGUGCUGCUGCUAUUCCUGCACUGUCUGAUGACCAUGGCCCCGAAUCACCCCCCCAGCCUGUUCCUGACCCAGAUGAACUGAGCAGUGCCCCAGCCACAGAUGAAACCACAGCACAGUCCUCAAACCUGCCCGUGUCCCCACCCCAGCUCAGUCUUAAACAGACCAAGAAGACCAGGUUGAAGAUGCCAAGGAAGAGCUCACCGGGGCAGAGGGAAGGGCUGACAGCGGAGCCGAGGCCGGAGCGGAGCCCGGAUCCCGGAGCAUCAGCCUUGCCCGCUGAGCACACGGAUGAAAACCGUGUGGAGGAAGAAGAUGCUGGCAGGAACAACUCUCUGAAAGAGAGCAGCAUGCUGAAGGCACAAGAGGCUUCACCACCAGCAGGAGAAGACCUGCCUGGGAAGGGAAGUGAUCAGGCAGCUGAGAAGGAGCAGAAAAGAAGUGAACGAGCCAGAAGAUCGGAAACUGCCAGGCCUGAAACUGUGAACUCCUCUGACAACAUUCCGGUCUCCGAUGAAGACUCUGAUGCGAUGGUGGAUGACCCUAAUGACGAGGAUUUUGUUCCCUUCCGUACCCGCCGCUCAACCCGUAUGUCCUUACGCACUCAGAUGGCUCAGCGAGCCGCCCGCUCCACUGUCACCAAGAUGACUUGUGCCAACUGCCGGACCCCCCUGCAGAAAGGGCAGACUGCCUACCAGCGUAAGGGGCUCCCUCAGCUUUUCUGCUCCAGCUCCUGUCUCACUACGUUCUCGAAAAAACCACCUGGCAAGAAGAUAUGCGCCUUCUGUAAAAAGGAGAUCUGGAACACCAAGGACUCGGUGGUUGCCCAGAUUGGGUCAGGCUCUUUCCAUGAGUUCUGCACUUCUGUCUGCCUCUCUCUCUACGAGGCCCAGCAGCAGAGACCGGCCCCGCAGUCUGCAGAUCCUUCGGACAGCAGCCGCUGCAGUGUCUGCCACAAACCUGGCGAGAUCCAGCACGAGGUCAGCAAUGGGAGCGUGGUGCAUCGCAUCUGCAGUGAUGCCUGCUUCACCAAGUUCCGGGCCACCAAGGGGCUGAAAACCAACUGCUGCGACAACUGUGGACUCUAUAUCUACAACAAGGGCUUGCCCCUGGAGUACCUCUUCCAUGAAGGCCAGCAAAAACGUUUCUGCAACUCCACCUGUCUCAACAGUUACAAGAAGAAAAACACUCGGGUCUAUCCAUGCAUGUGGUGCAAGACGCUGUGCAAGAACUUCGACAUGCUGCCCAACGUGGAUCGCAGUGGCAAGAUGGGCCUGUUCUGCUCCAUUUGCUGCACUACCUCCCACAAAGUGAAGCAGUCAGGCUUGGUUGGUAAGAGCACCCACCUGCUGCCUAGACCCUGCAGCUUCUGCAGAAAGAGUUUAUCUGAACCCUGCUAUUACAACAAGACAGACCGCGUUGUCUACCAGUUCUGCAGUCCCAGUUGCUGGACCAAAUUCCAGCGCACGAGCCCAGAAGGUGGGAUCCAUCUCAACUGUCAUUACUGCCACAAUCUUUUCAGCGGGAAGCCGGAGAUCCUAGACUGGCAGGACAAAGUGUAUCAGUUCUGCUGCAAGGACUGCUGCGAGGACUUCAAGCGGCUGCGUGGGGUAGUGUCUCAGUGUGAGCACUGCAAGCAGGAGAAGCUGCUGCAUGAGAAGAUCCGUUUCUCUGGGGUGGAGAAGAACUUCUGCAGCGAAGGGUGUGUGCUUCUUUACAAACAGGAUUUCACCAAGAACCUGGGCCUGUGCUGCAUCACCUGCACCUACUGUUCUCAGACCUGCCAGCGGGCGGUCACCGAGCAGCUGGAGGGCAGCACCUGGGACUUCUGUAGUGAAGACUGCAAAAGCAAAUACUUGCUCUGGUACUUCAAGGCAGCUCGGUGCCAUGCCUGCAAGCGUCAGGGGAAGCUGCUGGAAACCAUCCACUGGCGAGGGCAAAUCAAACACUUCUGCAACCAGCAGUGUCUGCUGCGAUUUUACAAUCAACAGAACCAGCCCAACCUGGACACGCAGAAGGGGCCCGAGAGCCUGCCGAACAGUCAGACUUCUGAGCCAAAACCGCCUGCCUCUUCCCCACAGAAGGCAGAGACUAACAUGUUGUCUGCAAAGACCUCCUCAGCCCAGAUACCUCCAGCUGCGCCGCCUCCCCCGCCUCCUCCCAUGCCAGCCACCCCUCGGAAGAACAAAGCUGCUAUGUGCAAACCGCUGAUGCAGAACCGGGGCGUUUCCUGCAAAAUAGAAAUGAAGUCCAAAGGAUGUCAGACAGAGGCUGACUGGAAGCCCCAGGUGAUUGUGUUGCCAAUCCCCGUCCCGAUCUUCGUGCCUGUGCCUAUGCAUAUGUACUGCCAGAAAGUACCUGUGCCUUUCUCCAUGCCUGUCCCGGUGCCUGUGCCAAUGUUCUUGCCCACCACACUGGAGAGCACAGAUAAGAUCGUGGAGACCAUUGAGGAGCUGAAGGUGAAGAUCCCCUCGAACCCACUGGAGGCUGACAUCCUGGCCAUGGCUGAGAUGAUUGCGGAGGCCGAGGAACUGGACAAGGCCUCCUCAGACCUGUGCGACCUGGUGAGUAACCAGAGUGCAGAGGGGCUCCUGGAGGACUGUGAUCUGUUCGGGCCGGCACGAGAUGAUGUGUUGGCCAUGGCUGUCAAGAUGGCAAACGUCCUCGAUGAGCCUGGCCAGGACCUGGAGGCUGACUUCCCGAAGAACCCGCUAGACAUCAACCCCAGCGUGGAUUUCCUCUUUGACUGUGGACUGGUGGGGCCAGAAGAUGUGUCCACAGAGCAAGACCUGCCUCGUGCUGUCCGGAAGGGGCAGAAGCGCCUGGUGCUGUCCGAGAGCUGCUCGCGGGACUCCAUGAGCAGCCAGCCCAGCUGCACGGCGCUGAACUACUCGUACGGGGUGAACGCCUGGAAGUCCUGGGUGCAGGCCAAGUACGCCGCGGGGGAGAGCAGCAAGGGCGAGGAGCUGCGCUUCGGGCCCAAGCCCAUGAGGAUCAAGGAGGACAUCCUGGCCUGCACCGCGGCGGAGCUCAACUACGGCCUGGCCCAGUUUGUCAAGGAAAUAACUCGACCCAAUGGGGAGCGCUAUGAACCAGACAGCAUCUAUUACCUCUGCCUUGGCAUCCAGCAGUACCUGCUCGAGAACAAUCGUAUGGUGAAUAUAUUUACAGACCUUUACUACCUGACCUUCGUGCAGGAGCUGAACAAGUCCCUGAGUGGCUGGCAACCCACAAUCUUACCAAACAACGCCGUUUUCUCACGUGUCGAGGAGGAGCACCUCUGGGAAUGCAAGCAGCUGGGCGUUUACUCACCCUUUGUGCUCCUCAACACCCUCAUGUUCUUCAACACCAAGUUCUUCGGGCUGCAGACGGCCGAGGAGCACAUGCAGCUCUCCUUCACCAACGUGGUGCGCCAGUCCCGCAAGUGCAGCACGGCGCGCGGCGUGGCCAAGGUGGUGAGCAUCCGCUACUACGCCCCUGCCAAGCAGAGGAAAGGCCGAGAUGGUGCUUCUGGAAAGCGGAAGCGGGAGGAGGAGACGCCAGUCCUGGAGCAGCGGGAGAACCGGAUGAACCCUCUCCGAUGCCCAGUCAAGUUCUAUGAAUUUUAUCUCUCCAAAUGCCCCGAGAGCCUGCGGAACCGCAACGACAUCUUCUACCUGCAGCCCGAGCGCUCGUGCAUCGCCGAGUCGCCCCUCUGGUACUCGGUCAUCCCCAUGGACAGCAGCCUCUGCACAGUGGGGCAGAGCCUUGGCUGGGGCCAGCAGCCCCCAGGCUCUUCCUACCGCGGUGGGAACGGUGCCCAGGGCAUGGACGAAGGCCUUUCCUCCGUACGUGGCCCGCGCUGA